AUGGAAACUGACAUUGAACAAAACUGCCGCCUCCCCAAAUAUGAACUUGGCACCGACCCCUCAUCAGAUCUCUGCCAGCUGGAGUUGGAAAGACGCAAGGAAAUUGAAGGUCGCAAAAGAUUUUCGCGCCUUGGUUGGAAACGUCUCGCCGUUAUCCUCAUUACGGAAGCAGUUGCCCUUGGGAGUCUCAGUAUUCCGGCAUCUUUCGCGACCCUCGGUAUGCUUGGAGGCGUUAUAUCUUCUGUUGGGAUCGGGCUUAUCGCUACAUACGCCAGCUAUGAGGUCGGCGCAGUGAAGCUCAAAUAUCCGGAAGUUGAACACUAUGGAGACAUAGGGAGACUUAUGCUGGGAGAAAAGGGAUUCUGGAUUGUCACGGUGGUUUUUAUCUUGCAACUACUACUUAGCGUGGGAUCGCAUUGUUUGACUGGGAUUAUUGCCUUGGCUAGUGUCACGCAAAGUAAUGUUUGCACUGUGGUAUUCGGAUUAGUCUCGGCUUUGAUUCUUCUUAUACUUGCCAUCCCACCGACAUUCGCCGAUAUUGCUAUACUUGGGUAUAUUGAUGUUGCCUCGAUCUUCACAGCUAUCGGCAUUACAGUUAUCGCAACAGGUGUACAAAGCACUCGAGAUAACAACGGUUCACCUGGCUCCGAUUGGUCAGUUUGGCCUAAGGAGAAUGUCAGCUUCUCAACGGCGAUGGUUGCAAUGAAUAAUAUCGUUUUCGCCUAUUCGUUUGCUCCCGCCAUACCAUCAUUUAUGAGCGAGAUGCACACCCCGAAGGACUAUACCAAAGCGAUAUACCUCCUGGGAGUGAUUGAAAUUGUUAUUUAUACCCUGAUCGGUUCUCUUGUGUAUUUGUUUGUGGGUAAAGAUGUCCAAUCCCCUGCCCUACUCUCAGCGGGACCCCUCAUGUCGAGAAUCGCUUUUGGUGUUGCCCUCCCGGUGGUCUUUAUAUCCGGGUCGAUAAACACCAGCCUUGUUGCUCGCUAUAUUCAUGGAUACGUUUAUCGUGACUCCGUUGUACGAUAUGUGAACACGAAGAAGGGUUGGAUAACCUGGAUCUUGAUCGUGACAGUCCUCACAUUUGUUUCGUGGGUAGUUGCUCAGGCCAUUCCGGUAUUUUCGACUAUAUUAUCAAUCAGUGCGGCCUUGUUCGUGUCAGGACUGUGCUUUUACGUGCCGUCAGUAAUGUGGUUUGUCCUUGUCAAAGAAGGAAACUGGUUCAGCCGGUCCAACAUCCAGCGAGCGUUCUAUAAUGGGAUGGUCUUUUUGUUCGGCAUCGGUGUUCUUGUGUGCGGAAUGUAUGCCAAUAUUGUGAUUUUGAUCGAAGAAUCCAGAGACCCCACUUCCAGCCGACCCUUUUCAUGCUCGGCCAUUGCGUAA